CCUCACAAGAUAGACAUCAUCUUCUGUGAAUUUCUCUUUGCUCAUUUCAGACACUUCUUUUUGGAAAGAACUAGUAAAAUAUACCAGUAUAACUUUUUGGGAUAAUUUCCGUGGUUUUCGGAAGAAAUUCCGUUGCUGAAACAAAAUGGAGAGUAAGGGAUGUUUUAGCAGCUUCCUCCAGUCGAGCACACCAUACAUAGCGAUGAUUUCGCUUCAAUUUGGCUAUGCCGGCAUGAAUAUCAUUACAAAAGUUUCUCUCAAUAGGGGUAUGAGUCACUAUGUUUUAGUUGUUUACCGACAUGCCUUUGCUACCGUUGCAAUCGCUCCCUUUGCUCUUGUUAUUGAAAGAAAAGUUCGACCCAGGAUUACGCUUAUGAUGGUCAUGCAGAUAUUUGUAUUAGGUCUUCUUGGGCCGGUUAUCGAUCAAAAUUUCUACUAUGCUGGGCUAAAGUUCACGUCCCCAACAUUUGCAUGUGCGUUGAGUAACAUUUUGCCAGCCAUGACGUUCGUCAUGGCGGUUAUCUGCAGGAUGGAGAAAGUGGAUAUGAAGAAAGUAAGGUGUCAAGCCAAAGUUGUGGGAACUGUAGUAACAGUUGCUGGUGCAAUGUUAAUGACCUUGUACAAAGGACCUAUCAUUGAGAUGGUUUGGUCAAAGCAUGUUCAUCCUCGCAAAUCAUUUGUCACAGAUACUACUGGUACUACUGAAGGCGAUUGGCUCAAGGGCUCGAUUCUUGUCAUCCUUGCUACUUUAGCUUGGGCAGCCUUUUUUGUGCUACAGGCAGUAACAAUGAAGAAGUACACAGCGCAACUUUCUCUCACAGCUCUCAUAUGUUUUGUGGGGACUCUUCAAUCCAUUGCUGUCACUUUUGUCAUGGAGCACAAACCCUCAGCUUGGACCAUUGGUUGGGAUAUGAACCUACUUGCUGCUGCUUACGCUGGAAUUGUAACUUCAAGCCUGGCUUAUUACGUACAAGGUCUAGUGAUGAAGAAAAGAGGACCUGUUUUUGCAAGUGCCUUCAGUCCUCUCAUGAUGAUUAUUGUAGCAAUUCUUGGAUCAUUCAUACUUGCAGAAAAGAUUUUCUUAGGAGGAAUUCUUGGUGGAAUCUUGAUUGUAGCAGGGCUUUACUCAGUUUUAUGGGGUAAAUUUAAGGAAUACCAAGAAAAUAAAUUAGCCAAAGAAAUUCCUGAAGUCAUUAAGGGAGUGAAUGCACCUGGAUCCAUGAUGAUCAUAGAAGAUAUAGAAUCUAACGACGAUGAUGUAGAAAUGCAGAAAGCUAACAAUAAACCACACCUAUCUGCUCUUUGGGAUACGACUGUCAAUGCAACAACCGCAGUGAUUGUUCUUCCGGAUGAAACAACCUUGAGAGCUAGUGAAUUAGCCACAAAGCAGUGAACAAAUUCUAGAGAGAGCGUGGGCCUUUUUGUGACUUGGCUUCUCUCCCAUUUCCGUUUUUUUAGUUGUGUUUUAUCUGUCUUUGAGUCCUUAUGUCGAUGUGUUUCUACUCUAGUUUUCAUUUCCGGUAGAUAGCUAGAGCAUAUGUAUAUUAUAUAUCAACGAAAAACAAUAGUAUGAAAUUAAGAGAA